ACUUAAUGUUAGUAACCAUACACACAGCCUUCUGCUAGGCAUAACAAUACAGGGUAUACACCUGAGUUAUACCUAAAAAUAAAGCAGGGAAAUAUGGAUUUCACAGAACUGGAAGCCGCAACCGGCCUUAGGUUCAGCUGGAAUAUAUGGCCAUGCUCAAGUGAAGAACAGGCAAAAGCAGAAGUACCAGUAGGAUGCCUCUACACACCACUUAAACAAGAAAACCCAGAAAGCACUAGCAAAAUACCACUGGUGGAAUACUCACCAUUAAGAUGCAGACACAGUGGAGUCUUCCUAAAUCCAAUGUGCCAUAUAGAUUUCAGAGCAAAAACAUGGACGUGCCCAAUCACAAUGCAACGAAAUCCACUGCCACAGUCAUAUGCCGAACACAUAUCGCCAGAUAACCUACCAUCAGAGCUGGUGAACCUUACCAUGGAAUAUGUCAUACCAUCAACAGUGACUGGAGGAACAUUCCUACCGACGUUCAUAUUCGUAGUAGAUACCUGCAUAAGUGAAGAGGAAUUGGACCAACUCAAGGACUCACUGCAACAGGUUAUCAGUAUGCUGCCGCAGGAUGUACAAGUAGGAUUGAUUACAUACGGAUCAGUAGUGAAACUACACGAUCUCAGAGAGUCUGACAUACCAAUGUGCCAGGUACUUAAAGGAGCACACCAUCAUGAUGCAGAAUACCUCAAAAAAACAAUCAACCUUGCACAGCAACAAAAUAGAUAUAUACAACCGCUAUCACAAUGCGAGUUUACCCUCAACACCUUUAUCGAACGGUUGUCGCCAGAUCCUUGGCCAGUAGCGCAAAACUCAAGACCAAGCAGAUGUACAGGUUCAGCACUCAGUGUAGCAGUAGCUGUCAUGGAAGUAGUAUGCCCAAACAGAGGAGCAAGAGCCAUGCUGUUCACAGGAGGUGCCUGUACAUUCGGACCAGGAAAAAUAGUGGAUCUAUCCUUGGCACAGUCUAUUAGACACCACCUAGACCUACAGAAGGAGCAUCAUAACGCAAGAUUCGUUAAGGAUGCACUGAGUUUCUACAGUACAGUGGCUAACAGAUGUGCCAGCAACUGCCACGCAAUUGAUAUAUUUGCAUGCGCACUGGACCAAUCAGGACUGUAUGAAAUGAAAGUAUGUUGUGAUAAAACGGGAGGUCACAUGGUCAUGAGUGAUUCAUUCUCUAUGAACGUAUUUAAAGAUUCACUCAAGAAUGUAUUCAGCCUAGAUGCUAACGGACACCUAAAACACGGAUACUGCGCUAAAGUGGAAGUGUUCUGCACAAAAGAAUUGAAAGUAAGCGGUGUUAUGGGCGGAUGUAGCAGUACAAACAAAAAAGGACCAAACGUGUCAGAUAAGGUCAUCGGAGAAGGGGGAACCACAGAAUGGAAUGUAGGUGUAAUAGACCCAAAAUCAACAUUGGCAUUCUAUUUCGAUGUGACAGACGGAAGCAGCUCUGCAGCGUCAGUCAUCACCAACGCUAUAAGCUCACUAGGAGGAGGAUCGAAAGAUAAAUCAAGACAAUCAGAAAAUGCAGGGAAAUCUGCAUUCAUACAGUUCCAAACUACAUAUAUACACUCAAACGGACAAAAGAGACUCAGGGUUACAUCGUUCAGCUGUAAAUACGCACAGCCAAGCCUGGCAGACCUGGCACGCGGAUUCGACCAGGAAACCGCAGCAGUACUCAUGGCAAGAUAUGCAUUCUAUAAAAGCGAAACCGAAGAUUCAAUGUCAGUGCUCCGCUGGUUGGACAAGAGCUUGAUUAACCUGAUCUCCAAAUUCGCAGACUACCAAAAGAAUGAUGCGCAUACAUUCAGAUUGGCUAGCGAAUUCUCAAUAUACCCACAGUUCAUGUACCACCUCAGGAGGUCACACUUCCUACAAACGUUCAACGCAAGCCCGGAUGAAACGGCAUUCUACAGGACAGUAUUCAUGAGAGAAAAUGUAAUCAACAGCCUAAUCAUGAUACAACCCGCACUGCUGGAAUACUCAUUCGAGAAUCCAACGCCACACCCUGUCUUACUAGAUGCAGUGUCACUCAAGCAAAAUGUUAUACUGAUGCUGGAUUCGUUCUUCCACGUCAUCAUAUGGUACGGUGAUAUGAUACACCAAUGGCGUGAACAAGGAUUCCAAGAAAAGCCUGAAUACGCACAUUUCAAGGAAUUGCUACAGGCACCGGCCACCGAUGCAAACCAUAUACUAAGCGAAAGGUUCCCUACACCCAAGUUUAUAUUGUGUAACCAAGGUGGAAGCCAAGCAAGAUUCCUACUGGCAAAGGUUAACCCAUCACAAACACACAAGUCAGGACUCAACGACUACUCUGAUGAUGCACAAGUGGUCAAUACCGAUGAUGUGUCACUAAAGACAUUCAUGGAACACCUGGUCAUGCUAGUUGUACAGUCCUAGAGGCCUCAUCCAGUAUACCCCCACUAAACUGAAAUUAAACGAAUUCAUAUAAUAUUAUAGAUUAAUAU